CGCGCUAGGCUCGAGAGCGAACAUACUAAAGUCACCAAGUAAUUAAAGCCAGCAAUUUUUUGUACGUUUGCCCGAGGACGGAAGCUUGCGUGAAACAGUUCUUGGGCCCAGGCUCGUGAGACUUGCAGCUUUGCUCUAGCUUUCGUGGCAUUGCUUUUGGGAUAGGACACGAAAUUGGCGCUUGUAACGUAACAGAUGGGGCGAGGCGAGGCAGGCAACAAGAAGACAAUAUCGCUGGAGACAUGGGAGCAAAAGCUAGCAGGCGUGCGAGUGCCGAAGGAGGACAUGAACCGUCUGGUCAUGAACUUCCUUGUUACCGAGGGCUACGUGGAGGCUGCGCGCAUGUUUGAGAGUGAGAGCGGCACGGCGCCGGGCGUGAACCUGGACGCCAUCACGGACCGCAUGGAGGUGCGCCGCGCGCUGCAGGGCGGCGACGUGGAGUCCGCCAUCGAGCGAGUCAACGACCUGGACCCAGAGAUCCUGGACAAGCAGCCGGAGCUGUUCUUCCACCUGCAGCAGCAGCGGCUCAUAGAGCUCAUCCGCGGCGGCGACACGGAGGGCGCGCUGGACUUCGCGGCGGAGAACCUGGCGCCGCUGGCAGAGGAGCACCCGCGCUUCCUGGAGGAGCUGGAGCGCACGGUGGCGCUGCUGGCGUUUGAGGACACCAAGGCCUCCCCCGUGGGUGACCUCAUGGACGUGGCGCAGCGCCAGAAGACCGCCUCCGAGCUCAACGCAGCCAUACUGGCGGCGCAGGCGCAGGAGCGCGAGCCGCGCCUGCCUCUGCUGCUCAAGCUGCUGCUGUGGGCGCAGGCGCAGCUGGACGAGCGGGCCGUGUACCCGCGCAUUGCCGACCUGGCCAGUGCGCAGCUGGUGCCGCCGCCCAAGGCCGACUGAGCCGGCUGCUGUGAUACGUGAAGGGGAAUGAGGGUUGCGAAAGCAGAUAAGAACGGGCGGGGACAGGGAUUUGAGUGGAAUGGGACGAGCUCCGGUUCGGCGUGUGACGCGUGUGGAUUGAAUAACAGUGCUGUGCAGGACGGCCCCUGCAGAACGAGUUGCCGAAUGUGCGCAGGAUUGCAAGCAAGGCUGGACGGUCAAGGCGGUGGCGAUAUUGAGGCUAGGCAUGCGCACUGGCGUUGGUGGGCAGCAUGCUGACAAAUGAGCGGACGCGUCAAAGGCGGUGCCGUGGAACCGGCAAGGGAUGGCACGAUGGGGUCCGUGUGGACGUGGCGGCAUGGCUGGGAUGGCAGGGUACGCGAAUGGGAAGCCUUCUGCGCUGUAGAGGCGGGACCUUCAACAGCGGUGGGAGCUGAAGGGUCACUGAAAGAAUGUAGAUGAUGUACAACGUGCGGCGCCAUUAAUGCUGAUGAGAAACCGCAGAGUCUGCCGUCCCUCUUAAGCCAGACGGGCGUCCGCGACGGCGUCACAGUAGAUGCGGGGCCCAGUGGCAUGGGUCCGGCCGGGAAGCUUUAUCAAAGUAACAAAACGAAU